ACUGCCAAAAUGGGUUUCACUGAUCUGGACCAGUUGGCGAUCAACACCAUCCGCAUUCUCGCGGUUGAUGCCACCUCCAAGGCCAACUCGGGCCACCCGGGUGCCCCCAUGGGCAUGGCCCCCGUGGCUCACGUUCUGUUCAACAAGUUCAUGAACUUCAACCCCCAGAACCCCGACUGGGUCAACCGUGAUCGUUUCGUUCUCUCGAACGGCCACGGCUGCAUGCUGCAGUACGCCCUGCUGCACCUGUUCGGCUACAAGCUCACCAUGGAUGACCUGAAGAACUUCCGCCAACUCGACAGCAUCACCCCCGGUCACCCCGAGGCUCACGACACCCCCGGUAUUGAGGUCACCACCGGUCCUCUUGGCCAGGGCUUCGCCAACGCCGUUGGUUUGGCCAUUGCUCAGGCUCACACCGCUGGUGUCUUCAACAAGCCCGGCUAUGAGCUCCUCAACAACCACACCUACACAUUCUUUGGUGAUGGCUGUGCCAUGGAGGGUAUCGCCUCCGAGGCCGCCUCCAUGGCUGGUCACUUGCAGCUCGGCAACCUCAUUGCCAUUUAUGACGACAACCACAUUUCCAUUGACGGUGACACCAAGUGCGCCUUCACUGAGGAUGUGAUGAAGCGCUUCGAGGCCUACGGCUGGCACACCGAGUGGGUCAAGGACGGUGACAACGAUCUUGCCGGCAUUGAAGCUGCUAUUCGCAAGUGUCAGCAGGUCACCGACAAGCCCUCCGUUAUCAAGCUCACCACCACCAUCGGUUUCGGCUCCAAGCUGGCUGGUACUGGCGGUGUUCACGGUAACCCCCUCAAGGCUGAUGAUGCCGAGAGCGUCAAGGCCCGCUUCGGCUUCGACCCCAAGCAGAGCUUCGUCGUUCCCCAGCAGGUCUACGACAUGUACCACAAGCACGCCGCUGAGGGUGCCGCUAAGGAGCAGGAAUGGAACCAGCUCUUCCAGAAGUACCAGCAGGAGUACCCCACCGAGGGUGCUGACCUUGCCCGCCGUCUCUCCGGCAAGCUGCCCGAGGGCUGGGAGAAGAGCCUCCCCACCUACAAGUCCACUGAUGCCGCCGUCGCUUCCCGCAAGCUGUCCGAGGCCGUCCUGGAGAAGAUUCACUCCGUCAUUCCCGAGCUUCUCCCCCCCAACCUGGGCAUUGGUGAGUGGUCUGGCCGCUACCUCCGCUAUGGUGUGCGUGAGCACGCCAUGGCUGCCGUCAUGAACGGUCUUGCCGCCUACGGCACUGUCAUCCCCGCCGGCGGUACCUUCUUGAACUUCGUUUCCUACGCCGCCGGUGCCCUCCGCCUGUCGGCCCUGUCUCGCGUCCGUGUCAUCCACGUCGCUACCCACGACUCCAUCGGUCUGGGUGAGGAUGGUCCUACUCAUCAGCCUAUUGAGACUCUGGCUCACUUCCGUGCUCUGCCUAACUGCAUGGUCUGGCGCCCCGCCGACGGCAACGAGACCUCCGCUGCCUACUACAUGGCCAUCACCUCCAAGCACACCCCCAGUGUUCUGGCCCUUACCCGCCAGAACCUGCCCCAGCUUGAGGCUUCCACCAUUGAGCGUGCCACGAAGGGUGCUUACGUCGCCGUUGACACCCCCAACGCCGCCAUCACCAUCAUCUCCACCGGUUCCGAGGUCAGCAUCUGUAUCGAGGCUGCCGAGUACCUCCAGAAGAACCACGGCAUCGCCGCCCGCAUUGUCUCCGUUCCUUGUUUCGAGGUCUUCGAUGCUCAGGACAAGGAUUACCGUCUGUCCGUCCUGCCCGACGGCAUCCCCGUUCUGUCUGUCGAAGCCUGCUCCACCAUGGGCUGGGAGCGCUACUCCCACGAGCAGUUCGGUCUCAACCGCUUUGGUGCCUCUGGCCCCUACAAGGAGGUGUACGCCAAAUUCGAGUUCACCCCCGAGGGCAUCAGCAAGCGCGCCGUUGCCACCAUUGACUUCUACAAGGGCCACAAUGUGCGCUCCCCCGUCAACCGUGCUUUCCAGCAGAUCCUGUAA